ACACAUCUUCACACACAAAGAGAUCACAUUUCCGCAUCACCCUUUCUUUGCAUUUGCUGCUGGACCCCAAUCACUCCAUCACCACACCAUCAUCUACCCCAAACUUCCCCUCUUUUCAAUUACCAUCUUCAUUUAAUUUUCUUUAAUUUUAAUAAAACAAAAAAUAGUAUUUAGUAUGUUGACUAAUAGCUCAACAGGUGGAACUUUUUUCUGGUUUCAAGAUUCUAAAUCUUUAUCAAAAUUUGAAGGAAUUGUUGUAAUUUUCAGCUGGGGUUCUGUUCGAGAUUCACAAUUGAAGGAAUAUGUUGAUCUUUAUUGGUCUAUUGGAUGGAAUUCCCUUGUUGUUCAGUCUGAUUUCCUCAAUCCAUUUUUCCCAGAGAGAGCCACAUCACUCGCAUUUUCUGUCCUAAAUGAGCUUUUGGAGGAGUUACGAUCUAAACCAUGUCCCUUAGUCCUGAUAUCUCUGUCUGGUGGUUCACAGUCUUGUAUGUACAAGGUUUUUCAGAUCAUUGAAGGAACAUGUGAAGCACAUCUUGGCUUGGAUGAUAGUCGGUUAAUCAUGACCUGCAUCUCUGGUCAAAUGUAUGACUCUGGUCCAGUUAAUGUGACUGGUGAUUUGGGUGCUCGUUUUGCUUUACACCCAUCUAUUCGCAACGUGCCUGGUUCGUCCAAGUUGGUUUCAAUGGUGGCAAAAGGCGUCACUUCUGGUCUGGAUGCUCUAUUUCUCACUAGAUUUGGAUCCCAACGUUCGGAGUACUGGCAAACACUUUACUCUUCUGUUGGUUUGGAAGCUCCAUUUCUCAUAUUGUGUUCGGAAAAUGAUGAUCUUGCUCCAUAUCCAGUCAUACGAGCGUUUGCUCAACAAGUAGAAGGAUUAGGAGGAAAUGUUCGACUUAUCAGAUGGAAGGAUUCUCCUCAUGUAGGUCACUACAAGCACAAUCCCAUCCAAUACAGAGCAGCAGUUACCGAGUUUUUUGAGCACUCAAUUUCGAUAUUUAACCAAAAACUACAAAAACUUGGUGAACGAAGUGGCAUGGAAGGCAUGCAUGAUAAAAUAUGUGAAUUAAUAUGUGACCUUCAGAAUGCAGCAGUCGACUCAAACCAAAGCCUUAGAAGAGUAGCAAUCGGACCAAACGACCACUUCUUCUUGCCAAGUUCAGCUGAAUAUCAAAAUGGUAAAGAAUCUGGAUCCUUACAAGAUGAACAAAAAGAAAGAAGAGCUGUCCUAUUAUCAAGUCCGCCAACCCUAAGUCCUCACAGUGUACUUGGUCAAGUUCUCUUUGACGGCUGUGUACCAAAGAAUGUCGAAGGUUGGGAUAUUAAGUUUGAAAACAGACAACCAUUUGCAUCUGCUCGUAAGCGGCCAUCAUUAAACGCCUUGAAACGUAUGAGAAGAUCAAGAUUAUAAGACAGUAGAUCAAGAGAAGCUGUAUAAUAAUAAUGUACAUAGAAAUGACACUGAAGAUAGAGAGACCAGUGUGUGAAUGGUCCAUGUUGGUUAUGGUGUCAUGUGUUUCGGGGCUCUAGUAAAGGUACAAAUGUUAAUGGAGGUGUGAGUGAUUUUGCACGAAAUGUACAGGUAGGACCGGUGUAACGUGUUUUGUAAUAGAUUCAUGCUAUAUAUAUGACCCUUUUGAGUUAAUAAUAUGUAGCUCACCUUAGCUGCAUGGAUGUUCAAUCA